AUGGAGUUUGAUUGGAUCACCAGCAGUGCCGCAGCGACCCCAGGCCGAGAUCAAAACACCUCCAGGCUCGAGGAAGGUGCAGCUGGGAUGGGCAAGCGCCAGGCGGCAGCAAGAGUGACAGUAAAAGUGAGAACACCUCCGGCAGCAGUUCAGGCAGUGGAAGUCGUACAGGAGACCAGAACGGAGUUUCCAGCACAAGUUCCGAGUUCGCGGUUUUCGAUGGUGUCCCAGGCCUGGAUGGAGUGUCUAGUUCGUCCAGAUCAGGAGGCGAACACCGUGGAUCAGUUCGUCCAGAUCAGGAGGCGAACACCGUGGAUCCCUUGUUGGUGGAGCCGUGGCCGGGGGCCACGCACCCUACCCAGACCGGGGAGUCGUGGCCGAGGGCCUUGGCUCAACCCUACAGGAACCCAUCUACGGAUCGUUGGCUGCGCACAACAAUGGAACUU